GAAGACUUCACAACAGUCAUUACCAUCACAACCAAAGCCGGCGCCAAUUUCAAUCCCAAAGAUAAGGCUCUCCCUCUCUCUGACCCAAAAAUCUCUGUGGCUCUCAAUCUCUCUCCCUCUCUCCCUCUCUCACUCGGCGAGGGAGAGUGCAGCUGAAACAGAGCGAUUGUGUGAUAAUCCCCAGCAGCAAUGACCACUACUCUGCAAGCGUUUCUUCUCUGCAAACCCUCGCUUUCACCCUCUUCUUCUUCUUCUUCCAAACGUUUUCAUCUUCCUCGCUGUUCUUCUAAUUCUUCUUCUCUCUCUUUCAAUCCCCUCUCUCUCUCUACGUUCACUUCCUCAACUUUCCAUAUAUCCCGAUUCUGUCCCCGGACUCUAUCGGUUCCUUGCACAUUACGCCCCGAAAGUGCGGAUUUCGAUUCCGAAAGAUUGGAUUUUUCUGAUACGAAUUCGGUUUCCGAUUCCAAAGAUUUGAAUUUCAAGGAUUUUGGUGGUGGGAGUUCGAGUUUCAAUGGGAAUAGUACGGUUUCCGACUUUGGAAACUCGAAAGUUGAUGAAUUGGGCGGUGGGAGUUCGGAGAUUGAGGUGAAGAGUGAGUUUGGAGAGGUGGGUUUAGGGAAUGGGGAAGUGGGUAGUGAGGGAAAGAGUGGGAAAGUGGAAGAAAGUGACGGAAAGGGUGAGAAUUUGAGUGAAAGUGAAGGAAAGGGUGGGAGUUUGAGUGAGAUAAAGAAUAGAAUACCUUUUAUGGUGUUCUUGAUGGGGAUGUGGGUAAGGGUGAAAAAAGGAUUUGAGAAGGUCUUGGAGUGGGAAUGGUUGAGUUGGUGGCCCUUUUGGAGGCAGGAAAAGCGGUUGGAGAGGUUGAUUGCGGAGGCGGAUGCCAACCCGAAAGACGUGGCGAAGCAGAGUGCUCUGCUGACCGAGCUCAAUAAACACAGUCCAGAGUCUGUCAUCAAACGAUUUGAACAAAGGGAUCAUGCAGUAGACAGUAGAGGAGUUGCAGAAUAUCUUCGAGCUCUUGUGGUCACCAAUGCUAUUGCUGAAUAUCUUCCAGAUGAGGAGACUGGGAAGCCUUCUAGUCUUCCUACAUUGUUGCAAGAGUUAAAGCAGCGUGCAUCAGGUAACUCAGAUGAGCCCUUUCUGAACCCUGGCAUAUCUGAGAAGCAACCGUUGCAUGUCGUGAUGGUCGAACAGAAAGUGUCAAACAAAUCACGAUUCGCGCAAGAGCUUAUCUCAACUAUCUUGUUUACUGUAGCUGUUGGAUUAGUAUGGUUGAUGGGUGCUGCUGCACUUCAAAAGUACAUAGGGAGCUUGGGUGGUAUAGGAACAUCAGGCGUUGGACCAAGUUCUUCCUAUGCCCCGAAGGAGCUAAAUAGAGAUGUUAUGCCAGAGAAGAAUGUUAAAACAUUUAAGGAUGUCAAAGGUUGUGAUGAUGCAAAGCAGGAGCUUGAGGAAGUAGUGGAGUAUCUAAAAAACCCAUCUAAAUUUACUCGCCUUGGGGGGAAGUUGCCAAAGGGAAUUCUUUUGACAGGAGCACCUGGAACUGGAAAAACUCUACUUGCCAAGGCCAUUGCUGGAGAAGCUGGGGUACCUUUUUUCUAUAGAGCAGGAUCUGAAUUUGAGGAAAUGUUCGUUGGUGUUGGUGCCCGGCGCGUAAGAUCCUUAUUCCAAGCUGCUAAGAAAAAGGCUCCUUGUAUAAUUUUCAUCGAUGAAAUAGAUGCUGUUGGAUCCACAAGAAAACAAUGGGAAGGCCAUACAAAGAAAACAUUGCAUCAGCUACUUGUCGAAAUGGAUGGCUUUGAACAGAAUGAGGGAAUAAUUUUAAUGGCUGCAACAAACUUGCCUGAUAUUCUUGAUCCAGCUUUAACAAGGCCUGGUAGAUUUGAUAGGCAUAUUGUUGUUCCAAAUCCAGAUGUACGAGGUCGUCAAGAGAUAUUGGAGCUCUAUCUACAGGAUAAACCAUUGGCUGACAAUGUAGAUGUUAAAGCAAUUGCUCGUGGUACGCCAGGAUUCAAUGGGGCAGAUCUUGCAAACUUGGUUAAUAUUGCUGCCAUCAAAGCUGCUGUUGAAGGUGCAGAAAAGCUAACAGCUUCUCAACUGGAAUUUGCAAAAGACAGGAUUAUUAUGGGUACAGAGCGGAGAACAAUGUUCGUAUCAGAAGAGUCAAAGAAGCUCACUGCAUACCAUGAGAGUGGCCAUGCGAUUGUUGCCUUCAAUACAGAGGGCGCACAUCCAAUACACAAGGCAACGAUUAUGCCACGUGGAUCUGCUUUAGGAAUGGUCACCCAGCUUCCUUCGAGUGAUGAGACAUCAAUUAGCAAGAAGCAGUUAUUAGCCCGUCUUGAUGUUUGUAUGGGAGGAAGAGUUGCAGAAGAGCUUAUCUUUGGUCAGGAUCAUGUCACAACAGGAGCGAGUAGUGAUCUUCACACAGCUACAGAGUUAGCCCACUAUAUGGUAUCAAAUUGUGGGAUGAGUGAUGCAAUUGGUCCAGUUCACAUCAAAGAGCGGCCAAGUUCAGAAAUGCAAUCACGUAUUGACGCAGAAGUGGUGAAACUCCUAAGAGAAGCAUAUGAUCGCGUAAAAGCCUUGCUAAAGAAGCAUGAGAAGGCAUUGCAUGCACUGGCAAGUGCACUUUUAGAGUAUGAAACACUUGGUGCUGAAGAAAUAAAGCGCACGCUUCUUCCUUACCGUGAAGGCCGGCUGCCGGAGCAACAGGAAGAACAACAAGAAGAGGGGGACCUUGUAUUGGCUUAAGAAGUCGGCUCCUUUUCUUGUCCAAACUGUAGUGAGGCUCUGUACAGUAUAUUUAAAGCACCACAGAUGAUUAUUUACAGGAUGUAUUAAUGCAAGUCUAUUCAGAAGCAUCUCUGAAGCAACGAUCUGGCCUCUGCUCUAACAAACAACAAAGAUAGUGGACAUCAUGUAUUAUUCGAGAAAUCCUGUAUUGUUUGAACUUUUACCCCAUUUUGGGUGGAAUUUUGAAGGAAAAUACAUUAUUUGAGAA